AUGGGUGACGUUGGAUACACUUUGAUAUAUGAGCCCAAUUCGGCCAUCAAGACCUCCGUCAAUGAAUUCAAAACCUUGUUGGAAAAGGGCAAGGAUGAAGUCAAGAUUGAUACCAUGAAGAAAAUCUUGAUCACCAUUCUCAAUGGAGAUCCCAUGCCCGAUUUAUUAAUGCACAUCAUCCGAUUCAUCAUGCCUUCCAAGAACAAAGAGUUGAAGAAGCUUUUGUAUUUCUACUGGGAGGUUUGUCCUAAGUUGGAUGAAUCUGGUAAAAUGAGACAUGAAAUGAUUCUUGUGUGUAAUGCCAUUCAGCGUGAUUUACAACACCCAAACGAAUAUAUCAGAGGUAACACCUUGAGAUACUUGAACAAGUUGAAAGAACCGGAAUUAUUGGAAACUUUAGUGCCCAAUGUCCGCCAGUGUCUUGAGCAUCGUCAUGCUUAUGUUCGAAAGAACGCCGUGUUUGCCCUUCAUUCCAUCCACAAAGUUUCUGACCAUUUGGCCCCAGAUGCCGAUGAAUUGAUCUACAGAUUCUUGUACGAAGAAGCCGAUGCCGUGUGUAAGAGAAAUGCAUUUGUUUGUUUGGGUGACUUAAACAGAGACGCCGCAUUGCAAUAUAUUCAAGAUAACAUUUCUGUGAUUGAAACCUUGGAUCCAUUGUUGCAAUUGGCUUUUAUCGAGUUUAUCAAGAAGGAUUCUCUCGACAAUCCAAACUUGAACCAACAAUACGCUCAAUUAUUGACUGAAAUUGUCGAAAGUUCUUCCAACGUUGUCGUGUAUGAAGCUGCCAACACUUUGUCACUCUUGACCUCGGCCCCAUCGUCAAUCUUAUUAGUCGGUACCAAGUUUGUUGAAUUGGCUACCAAGGAAUCAGACAACAAUGUCAAGAUUAUCACUUUGGAAAGAAUAAAUGAACUUCACAAGAAACACCCAGGGGUAUUACAAGAGUUAUCGUUGGAAAUCUUGCGAGUAUUAUCAUCUCAAGACUUGGACGUGAGAAAGAAAGCUCUUGAUGUUACCCUCAAGUUCAUCACCAGUAGAAAUGUCGAAGAUGUUGUCAAAUUAUUGAAGAAGGAAUUACAAGCUGCUUCCAGCUCCAAUGACGAAAAAGCAGCCGAAUACAGACAAUUGUUGAUUAAUGCUAUCCACCAAAUGGCCAUCAAGUUUGUUGAAGUUGCUGCUGAUGUUAUCGAUUUAUUAUUGGACUCAAUCGCCAAUUUAAACACCACUGCCGCUUACGAAGUUAUAACUUUUGUCAAGGAAGUUGUUGAAAAGUUCCCAAACUUGAGGGAAUCCAUUUUGGCCAGACUUAUUGAUGCCUUGCCAUUUGUCAAGAGUGGGAAAGUGUUGAGAGGUGCUCUUUGGAUCAUUGGUGAAUAUGCAUUGGAACAAUCAUUGGUUCAACUUUCCUGGAAGUAUAUCAGAUCAAGUGUUGGAGAAGUCCCAAUCAUUGCUGCAGAAAAGAAAUCCUUGAACGCCGAAAAUGAAGAAGAUGAACACAGUGACAAUAAAGUCAAGAGAGGUCCAGUUAUUUUACCUGAUGGUACUUAUGCCACUGAAUCCGCCUUGACUGCGGAAGUACAUGACAGUGACGAUGCCAGCAAGACCCCAAUCAGAAAACAAAUCAUGGCCGGUGAUUUCUACUUGGGUGCUGUUCUUUCAUCUACUUUAGUUAAAUUGAUUCUUCGUUUACAAAAAUUAGGUACCAGCGAAAAGAUUAUGAAUGCAUUGAAAGCGGAGGCAUUAUUGAUUAUGGUUUCCAUAUUACGUGUUGGUGAAUCUAGUCUUGUUAGCAAGAAGAUUGAUGAAGAUUCCGCUGAUCGUAUUCUUUCCUAUAUCAAGAUCUUGAAUGAUGAAGAAGAUGUUGACACUAUCAAUACCGGGUUCCUUGAAGACACCAAGGAUGCAUUCCGUGCCCAGAUUGAAAGUGCCGAAGUCAAGAAGCAACAAGCGUUGGCCAAGGAUUUCCAUGAUAACGCCGAACAAGUUGAUGACGCUAUUGUGUUUAGACAAUUGGACAAGAAUACCAGAAAACUGAAGGCUAAUGUGGAUGACGUUGUUGCUGCCUCAGGUGGUAAUGUGAAGAAGGAAAACUUGUCAUCCAGAUUAAACAAGAUCUUACCAUUGACCGGGUUUUCCGAUCCUAUCUAUGCAGAAGCGUUUGUCAAGGUUCAUCAAUAUGAUGUUGUCUUGGAUGUUUUGUUGGUUAAUCAAACUACUACUACAUUAAGAAACUUGUCGGUUGAAUUUGCCACACUCGGUGAUUUGAAAGUGGUUGAUAAACCAGCUACUGCUAACAUUGGUCCUCAUGGAUUCCACAAGGUUCAAACUACAAUCAAGGUUACCUCUGCUGAUACUGGGGUUAUUUUUGGUAAUAUUGUGUAUGACGGUCAACAUUCGAAUGAAUCCACCAUUGUUAUUUUGAAUGAUGUUCAUGUUGACAUUAUGGAUUACAUCAAGCCAGCCACUUGUUCAGAAACCCAAUUCCGUAAGAUGUGGAAUGAGUUUGAAUGGGAGAAUAAGAUCACCAUCAAGUCACAAAUGGAUUCAUUGAAGGAUUACAUGGAUGAAUUAAUGAAGGGCACCAACAUGAACUGUUUGACCCCUGGUGCUGUCAUUGGUGAAGAAUGUCAAUUCUUGUCGGCCAAUUUGUAUUCUAGAUCGCUGUUUGGUGAAGAUGCCUUGGCCAAUUUGUGUAUUGAAAAGCAAAGCGAUGGACCUAUUAUUGGACAUGUAAGAAUAAGAUCAAAGGGUCAAGGAUUGGCAUUGUCGUUGGGAGACAGAGUUGCUUCCAUCUCGAAAAAGAAUAAGAAGGUUGCUCUUGCUCGAGUUUAA